AUGGAUCCAAAUAGUUUCUUGAAUUUGGCUGUCUCCAGCUUCUGUUUGCUUGCACUAGUCCUUCCUUAUCAAGCAUUUGGCUUCAGUCGCAGUCAGAUUAAUGAGUUUAACGCGCCACCGCUAGGUUUAUGUGCGACCGCAGUUGCCAUACAUGGUUACAAGUGCCAAGAAUUUGAUGUGAAAACUGAUGAUGGAUAUAUAUUAAGCUUGCAAAGGAUCCCGGAAGGCCGCACAGGUGGUGGCGGGCCAAACAAGCCACCAGUUUUGCUGCAACACGGAGUUCUUGUGGACGGAAUGACGUGGCUACUAAAUUCACCUGAGCAGUCUCUGGCGAUGAUAUUGGCAGAUAAUGGUUUUGAUGUAUGGAUUUCCAAUACCAGAGGAACGAGAUUCAGCCGGAAACAUUUGCAUCUUGAUCCUAGCAACCCGAAAUACUGGAAUUGGUCAUGGGAUGAUCUGGUGCUAUAUGAUUUUCCAAGUGUUACUGAGUUUGUGUUCAGGCAAACUGGUCAGAAAAUGCACUAUGUAGGCCAUUCCCUGGGAACUUUGAUGGCACUGGCAUCAUUUGCAGAAGGAAAAGUAGACAAGAUUAGAUCUGCUGCAUUGUUAAGCCCAAUAGCCUACUUAAGCCAUAUGACCACUGCACUUGGAGUUGUAGCAGCUAGGGCAUUCGUUGGCGAAAUCACCACAGUUUUUGGUCUUGCAGAAUUCAAUCCCAAAGGGAAGGAAGUAAACAACUUCCUCAAAUCCUUGUGCGCCUUUCCGGGGUUGGAUUGUUAUAACAUGCUAACUGCACUUACAGGAAAGAAUUGUUGUCUAAACGCGUCCACUGUCGAGAUUUUCUUGAAGAAUGAACCUCAAUCAACUGCAACUAAGAACCUAGUUCAUUUGGCUCAAACUGUUCGGGAUGGAAUUUUGUCAAAGUACGAUUACGGAAAUGCCAAUUUCAACUUGGAACAUUAUGGAGAAGCGAAGCCGCCGGUUUACGAUUUGAGAAAAAUUCCUCACAAUCUUCCCCUGUUUUUGAGUUAUGGAGGCCAAGAUGCUCUUUCUGAUGCCAAAGAUGUAGCGACUUUACUUGAUAGUCUUAAGCUGCAUGACAUAGACAAGCUUCAUGUACAGUAUAUCAAGGAUUUUGCUCAUGCAGACUUCAUUAUGGGGGUAACGACCAAGGAUAUAGUUUACGAUCAAAUUGUAACAUUUUUCAAGAACUUGCACUAA